AUGGAUAAUCAAUCAAUAUUAAACGUCAUAUGCGCCUAUGCACCCCAAGUGGGUUGCAAAGAUCUGGAUAAAGAAGCCUUUUGGGAAGACCUAGACGAGGUGAUUAUAAAUAUAUCCGACAAAGAAACCAAACUUCUUCUGGGCGAUCUCAAUGGUCACGUAGGCGCUUUCAAUAGUACUUACAGUAGUUUUCACGGUGGUUAUGGAUAUGGCACCAUAAAUAAAGAAGGGGAAAAGAUUUUGGGAUUUGCUUCAAGGCACAAUUUUGUUAUAAUAAAUACCGCGUUUCAAAAGAAAGAUACUCAUCUCAUUACCUAUAGCAGUGGAGGAAAUUCAUCUCAGAUAGAUUACAUACUUGCAGACAAAAAAUUGAAGUGCGGUUUCAGAGAUUGUAAGGUGAUCCCAGGAGAGUCAUUAACGUCACAACAUAGGCUUCUAGUAGCGGUGCUCAAGUUGCCAAAGCCCAUUAAGAUGCUAGUGGAUAGAACUCCAAAAAUAAAAUGGAAAGAACUAACUGGCCCAAAAGGCAAGCUCCUCCUCAGUAAAAUGCGCGACUACCUGGCACAAGACAUGGAAACACGGUACCAAAAUGCUGACUCGAUGUGGUCCAAAUUCCAAGCCCAUUGCACAAAGGAAGCAAGAACUACACUGGGAGUUUCGAAAGGAGGCGUAAGCACGAACAAAGACCCCUCAUGGUGGGAUGAUAGAGUAAAAGAAGCCCUUAGAAACAAAAAGGAUCUUUUCAAAAUCUGGCAAAGCUCUCGAUUGGACCACGACCGAGAUAAAUACAUGAAGGCAAAGAAGGAUGCCAAAAGGUGUGUGGCACAAACCAGGGCCGAAGCACGAGAGGGAUUUUACAGGGAUCUUGAGAAUGCCAAAACGGACGCAGAUAUCUUUAAGGUAGCUAAAAAUAGAAACAGAGCUACAUUAGACGUCAAAUCCAAUAAGUUUAUUAAAAGUAAGAACAAUACACUACUUACCUCUCAUGAAGAUAUAAAUGGCAGGUGGUUCGAGUACUACAACGAACUACUCAAUGAGGAGUUCCCGAGCCAGGAGUUUAAUCCCUUACCACCAGUUCAAGGCCCAACUCACGAGGUUACUAUACAAGAAGUUAAGCAAGCCGUCAAUAAAAUGAAAAAUCGAAAAGCGCUAGGCCCUGAUGAAAUUCCGGCCGAUCUUUGGAAGGCUGUGGGACCAUCGGCAAUAGAGUGGCUAACUAAACUUUUUAACAUAAUACUGGAAACUAAAUCUAUUCCUGAGGCCUGGCGGCAAAGUCCCAUUUUACAAGAACAAAGGGGACAUAACUCACUGCUGCAACUACAGGGGGAUAAAACUAACCUCACAUACUCUUAA